CGCGCAGUCCGCGCCUGAAACGUCCGCAGCUCUAGGUUUCUGGGUUCUUACCUGGGUCGCUAUGAUUCCCAUCGCCACCCGACCCCCGCUGCCAGCGCUCCUAGCCCUGCUCGGGGCUCUGCUCCCAGGUCCUGGAGGUGCCCAAACAUCAGUGCACCCCAAAGAAGCCAUCAUACCCCAAGGAGGCUCCGUGUGGGUGAAUUGCAGUGCCUCCUGUGAUCAACAUGCAGACUUGGGUCUGGAGACUCAUUUGACUAAGAAGCAAGUGGCCAGUGGGUUCAACUGGGUGACCUAUGAACUUAGUGGCAUAGAAGAAGACAGCUCUUCAAUAUGCUUCGCAAACUGUCGCUCUGUGCAGACAGAAGCUUCAAUGUCUCUCACUGUGUACUCGUUCCCAGAGCAUGUGGAGCUGCAACCCCUGCCCCACUGGCAACCUGUGGGCGAAAACCUCACCCUACACUGCCAAGUGAAGGGGGGAAGGCCCCGGGCCCACCUCUCCGUGAUGCUGCUCCGAGGGGAGGAAUUGCUGACCCAGCAACCUGCAGUGGGGGAGCCUGCUGAGGUCAUGACCACAGUGCUGGCAGGCAGAGAUGACCACGGCACCGAUUUCUUUUGCCGAACAGAACUGAACCUUCAGUCCCAAGGGCUGGGACUGUUCCAAAACAGCUCAGUCCCCAGGCAGCUCCGAACAUUCGUUCUGCCAAAGGUCCACCCACGUCUUACUGCCCCACGGAUCAUGGAAGUGGGCACACAGUGGCUGGUGAACUGCACCCUGGAUGGGCUUUUCCCGGCCUCAGAGGCCCAGGUCCUCUUGGCACUGGAGGACCAGAGGCUGGAACCCACAGUCGAGUACAGCAAGGACUCCCUCUGGGCCACUGCCUGGGUCAAGGUGACCCCAGAGGAGAAAGGUAUCCAGCAUCUGACCUGUGCAGUGAUUCUUGGAAACCAGACUCAGUGGACUCAGGAGAAGGUGACCAUCUAUAGCUUCCCAGCCCCCAACCUGACGCUGAGCGAAUCUGAGGUCCCUGAGGGGACUAUGGUUAGUGUGGAGUGCAAGGCCCAUGCUGGAGCUGUAGUGACGCUGAGUGGGGCCUCAGCUGGGACUCCAGCCCCGAGUGCCCAGUUCAUGCUGAAUGCCAGUGCUGAGGACAACGAGCGUACAUUCUUGUGUUCCGCUGCCCUGGAGGUGGCUGGGAAGGUGCUGCACAAGAACAAGACCCAGACCCUCCUUGUCCUGUAUGGCCCCCGACUAGACGAGAGAGAUUGCCCAGGAAACUGGACUUGGGAGGAAGACUCCCAGCAGACCCUGAAGUGCCAGGCCUGGGGGAAUCCAGUCCCCAAGCUGGACUGUCACCGGAAAGUGGAUGGGGCUUUGUUGCCCAUUGGGGACCUGAGGCGUGUCAUGCGGAAUAUGUCAGGCACCUACAUAUGUAAGGCCACCAGCCGUCUUGGGGUGGUCAAGCGUGAAGUAGUUGUGAACGUGAUCCACCUCCAGAAUAACAUAGUCACCACGGUCAUCAUUUUGGUGGCGGUUCUAGUCAUCAGCAGCAUUGUGGGCAUAGCAGCUUACCUCUAUAACCGCCAGCGGAAAAUCCGGGAGUACAAGCUACAGAAGGCCCAGGCGGCGGCUGCCAUGAAGCUGAACACGCCACCUUGAGCCUGUCCCUGGACAGGGCCUCCACCCAAGGCAGUGAUGCUGCAUUGAACAGUGGCAGACAUAUACCAUUCAGCAGCACCCACCUUCCUAGAAUGCCAGAGGACAGGAUAGAGGCCUCAGUCAGAAUACAGACAGGAGAUGGGGUUAUGGCACCUGUACACUCAGGACUCCUAGGACUCACACCGGACCUGUAGCCAAAGGAUUGAGCCAAGACUUGGGGGAAAGACUGUUAGUCUGACCUGGCAUCCAUAGCUUCAUAUUAUGGAGAUAUAUCUGACAUGGGGAUACCCAUCUGAAAAACACCCCUACUGCAUGUGCCAAGGUCCUACAGUACUAAGAGAGAAGUAGCCCUGCCCAGACACUGGCAGCAUCAAAACACAAAUUCCCACACUUCCUCUGACAGAUGCCAGCUCUGGCAGUGCUGUCUACUGACUGGCCCCAGCUCUUGAUGAUGACAUAUUUAUUCAUUUUUUCUUUUACCAGAUAUUUAUUAGUGCCUUUUAUGUGGGGUAGAAUGAUAAACAAGAUGAGCAGAAGUUCCUGCCCUCAGGAAGCUCAGUCUAAUCUUAUUCAGGGUUGUCAGGUACAGUUGUAUUGGCUGUGCACUGCACAAGAGUGCCCUGCAAAAAGACCAAGUGGGGCCCUGACCAGUGUGGCUCAGUGAUUAGAGUGUUGGCCUGUGCACGGAAGGGUCAUGGGUUCAAUUCCCAGUCAAAGGCAUGUAUCUGGG